AUGACGAAGAAUCUGGUCCUCGAUCCCUCUCACGCGGAGGCACCUACUCGCGACCACCAGAAUUACCCUAGCAGUCUGCCGGAAGCAAAAGAGACGAGACUACACCCUACCAAUGCAGGUGGAGAGAAUGCAAGUUUGUACUUUGUUGGCACUGCGACCACGAUAUUAGAAUGGGAAGGCAUCCGUCUCAUGACCGAUCCCAACUUCCUACACGCCGGAGACCACGUUCAUCUCGGCCCUGGCGUAACCGGAACCAGACAAACAAACCCAGCACUCGACUUGCACGAACUCCCUCGCAUCGAUGCAGUCCUGCUAUCCCACUACCACGCCGACCACUUUGACGAAAAAGUAGAGGCAUCGUUACGUCGCUCUUUACCCAUCAUCACCACUCCUCACGCCAAAGAUCACUUGACCUCCAAAGGCGAAGACGAGUCUUUCAGCAAAGUCUACGAUCUAGAUUUCUUCCAGAGUAUGUUUGUGGAUAUUCGGAAGUCUGGGACUACGCAUGAGGCCACGAGCAAGAAAGUACCGGCUGUGAAGGUCACGGGUAUGCCUGGUAAACAUGUGCCGCAGGGACUGUUGAGUAAAGCCAAUGAUUUACUUGGUGCUGUGCCUCCCACCAAUGGUUGGAUGUUGGAAUUGGGGUAUAAAGAGGGCAAUGGCAGUUCGACUGACAGCUUCAAGAAUGGAUACAGAAUAUACAUUUCUGGCGACACACUUCUUGUCGACGAACUCAAAGAAAUCCCAGAGCGAUACAAGGGUCAAAACAUCGAUCUCAUGUUGAUUCAUCUAGGCGGCACGACCAUCCCUUCACCAAAACUGCCAAUGUUGAUGGUAACAAUGGAUGCAAAGCAAGGAAUUGAGCUUGUGAGGAUGAUCAACCCUGACUUGACUAUCCCCAUCCACUACGAUGAUUACGAUGUGUUCUUGGAUCCCCUCGAGAACUUCAAGAAGGAGAUUGAGGAGGCGGGAUUGAGUCAGAAGGUUGUGUACCUGGAUCGUAAGGACCAGUAUAAGUUUGCUGUGCAGCAGGGACAGUGA